AGAGUGAGAGAGAGAGGGAGGAGAGCUAAUCAGCUAACAGUUGGAGGAAGGGUUUUGCAGCUCAGCUGAUUGGAGUGUGGAUGCUAUUAAUGGAUUGAUUGAAUUUUAAUUCGAUUGUUUACGUCUAUGGAAUUGUGGAAUUGAACAUAAUCUGCAAACUUCCUAUAUUGCUGAAUGCGUUUGUUCUGUGCAAUUUAACCAUUUCUUCUGCAUUUUACUUGAACGGUUGUGCAUUUUUAGGUGCAUUGUGUUUUUUCAUGAAUGACUCAGUUUUAUGUUUGUGUGUGUGUGUGUUUUUUCUCUGUUGGUGAGAGUAUGUAUAUAGAUAUACAUCUGUUUUGUUGAUUAUUGUAUCGAUUUUUGUCAAUUCAGAUUUGCUUGAAAAUAGGGAGGAUAUUAACUCUGUAAUGAUCAGUUUGUUUCAUGCGCGUUGCUCAACAAUACUAUCAAGGGCUGGCAAUCAUGUUUUGCAUAGCCAUUCUUGCGUAUUUCUCGAUCCUUCAUGGAAAGCAAGCUUCCGAAUUUCGGGUGUUAGGACAGUGAGCUUGGGAUUUCUUUUGACAAGAAGUCGAGUUCGGUGCUACGCUUCAAAAAAACCUGGUGGAGCUAGCUCUCGUCGAAAAGGUGAUCCUAAACAACUUGUGAUGGACAAGGAAGAGUUUUUUGUUGUCCGUAAAGGUGACCUUGUUGGUGUUUACAGAAGCUUGAGCGAUUGUCAGGCUCAAGCUGGAACCUCGAUUUGUGACCCUCCAGUCAGUGUGUAUAAAGGCUGUUCCAUGCCUAAGGAUACAGAGAACUAUCUCCGAAUUCAUGGUCUAAAAAAUGCUCUGUACUCUAUCCGAGCUUCGGAUCUCACUGAUGAUCUGUUUGGAACUCUUGUGGCAUGCCCUUUUCAGCCUUCUUCUAGAGAAGGUGAAGCGCCUUGCCAGCCAGCAAAAAAGAAGUUGGACAAAGAUUCACAUUCAAAUUAUGGGGAGAUUAUUUCCUCUCGAACUGUGACUCUUUCCAAAUCCAAGGAGCGAACCUGCACUCUUGAGUUUGAUGGUGCUUCAAAGGGAAAUCCCGGACAAGCUGGUGCUGGAGCUAUACUCCGAUAUGAUGAUGGAAGUGUGAUUUGUAGAUUGUCCGAAGGUAUAGGGAUAGCAACCUGUAAUUUUGCUGAAUACCGGGGUGUUAUAUUAGGACUGAGAUACGCAGCUGAUAAAGGUUUUACAAAUAUUCGAGUUCAAGGUGACUCCAAACUCGUGUGCAUGCAGAUUCAGGGUCUAUGGAAGGUUAAAAGCGAAAACCUCUUGAAUCUGUACAAGGAGGCAAAGGAAUUGGUGGAUAGAUUCCGUUCGUUCCAAAUUGUGCAUGUCCUCAGGGACUUGAAUUCCGAGGCUGAUGCUCAGGCUAACAUAGGCGCCCAACUUGCCGAAGGAGAAAUUCAGGAGGAUUUCGACUAGUAGUUGGGCGCGGUAGAUUCUCAGGCCGAUGAAGUUUUAGUCGAGAACCGGUAUGAUUCUGGUAGCUCUAAAUUAAGGUGUUCAUAUAUAUAUAUUUAUGUAUGUAUAUUGUGCUACAUUCUUUUUAGCUACGGAAUUUGCAGGUAACAUUGACACCUACUGAAAUUUGGAACUUGUGAUUUUUUGUUGAAUCUUUCUGUAAAUUUGUAUAGGCUUUUUGGAAUUUUCGUGCUGGAAAUAGUGAAUUUUGAUUUUGUUUUC